GUUUUUUUUUAUUACUAUUCUUGCUAUGUUUUUUUUUCUAACCGUGGUUUAUAGGAUGAGCAAACGUUAAAACGAGUGGUGAGUAUCAAAUAAAAAAUGCAAAGUGAUGGCAUUAUUUAAAUUAAAAAAAAAAAACCAUAAUAGCAAGCAAGAUCAGCCACCGCCAUCUUUACACUUGCCGAUCAACAUGCGGUUGAUCCAAACAAGGAAGAUGAAAGAAAUACAGUGCGUUUAUGGUCGCUUUAUUGCUACACUGUCAGUCACAAUAUCAAGAUUUAUACCUAUAAUUUAUCCCCUUCUACCGCCAUUUAUCAAAAAAUGGCAAAAGAAAUCAUUUGCGUGCGUGAGUUUAAACAGUACCUUUUGGCCAUGAACUGCCGUUGCCGUGGUGCUUCCACUCUGUUGACCAAUCUGUUGCAUCAAAGAAGACCCAUGGAUAUUUACCAUGAAUCGUGGCAAGCUCAAUACGACGACGGUUCGUGUAACGAGAUUUACAUGGAUAAACCUCCUGCUGCAUUGAUUGGAUUAGCCUUUAAAGAAGCAGCCUGGAUUGUCUAUAUUGAAUGCCAAGUGAUUUUAUUUGGUGUCAAGACACGACUUCUCAACUGUGAACAUCGUGAGAUAUUACUUAAUCCUGAAAGCAACUAUAUCAUCAAGGAAGAUGAUUUAUGUGUCUACAUGUGUGAAAGCCCACGUGAAAUAGAUGAUGUCAAUGCUUUAAAUUAUACCUUUGUGCGAAACAAGCUUGAAAUAAUGAAGGCAAGACGUCGUCAUUAUGCCUCCAAAAGCAAGCCUGACUUUCCUAUGCCCACCGCUUCCCGGUCUUCUUCUUUCCGUAACGAACUAUUACAAUCGAUUCGAAAUAGCAGUAAGUUGCAAAACUUACAGGAGCAACAGCAACAACAAUUAGAAACAGAAGAGGCAGCUCCAUUGCAACAGUUACAACAAGCACAAUCCAAUACAACUUUACAUCCCUCUGGUCCUCCUUCGCCCACGAAAUUAUUACGCCGUAGUACGUCAAAUGAAUCCAACCGGUCUAUUCCUCGUCAGAUCUUCUCAUUAGCAAGAUUACCUACACCCCGUUUAGCGUUAUUGACAGGUAGUCGUAAACUAAUCAGUCGUCUAGGUCAAUUGGGAUUGGAUCAUACGGACCAAGAUGAAAGCUCCCCUCUUUGCUUCCUAUUAGAAACACCUGCUACAUUGGAAGAACUCACGAUUCAAUCCACUGAUUUUUUGAACGGACAUAUUUUGGUGUGUAUGCACCAUAAAGUGUCCAACAUCUUUAAAUUCAUUUAUAACUUAAGAUCACCACAGUUAAAACCCAAUGAAUUACAAGAUAUCGUUUUUUUGUGUACAUCCUUGCCUACCGACAAGACCUUUGAACGAGUCAGUCGGUUCCCCAAGGUUUAUUUUAUGCUGGGUGAUUGUCAACAUCCAGAAGAUCUCAUCAAGGCAGGUGUCAUGCGAGCCAAACAAGUUGUUGUCAUGAGUGAGAGAGAAUGUCUUGACCAAUACCAACGCAGCUCAGAUAGUCCAGCCAUCAUGACAAGUCAUUUGCUUGAUUUAUUACUCAAAGACAAGCCACAUGACGCCUCUCGGAUUGUCAACCUUGUGGAAAAGUCGAAUAUUCGGUUUAUGCACUUGUUACAAGGAAAAGAUGUGGCAGAAGAGGUGGAUGUGUUCUACACACCUGCGUAUGCGGCUGGUAAUGUGGUAGUGGAUGGGUUGCUAAGCAACGUAUUACUGAGCCAAACGUAUUAUAAGCCUGACAUUGUCUCUGUCAUCAAGGCACUGUGUGGUAUGCCAGGGCCAUUAUACGACAAGGACACAGCGCAUAUCUUGAUGUGUGGUACACAUGUACGAUCCAAGUUGUUUAGUCAUUCCCGCCAUCUCAUGCUGGUUGUGAUGCCACCCUUGUUGAUUGACAAGUGCUUCUCAUUUUUGUUUGAAAACCUGGUGAUGGACCAUGACGUACUUCCGCUGGGUAUCUUGCGAGCGCCCGAUGAACAUAUGGGCAAUGAAUUAUCCUUUGUUUAUACCAACCCAGUCUCUUCAUUGAUUAUGAGGCGGUCAGAUAAGAUUUACGUUUUGGCCUCACCAGGCUGGAAUUACUUUUCUCAAUAAAAAUGUAAUGCCGUGAUAGAUUGCCGAUGAUGCAUCCGAUUGGGCUAUGAGGGGAAGGGGGGGACCCAUAAAAAGAGUGUGUCGAUCUUUUUCAAACUCAAUUUAA